AUGAUGUCCUCUAGAAGUAAUACUAUAACUAAUAACAGUUCAAGUGACAUCAGCUCUUUGGGAGACGACAUUUUCGGGUAAGUGUUGGGUUGAUUCACUUGGUUUCGAUACCAAUAGAGAUGAACUUCAUUGUCUCAGAGCGCCGCUUCCUGCUCCAACUCCAACUAGAAACGCUUGCCAGUUGCCGGUUGCGAUGUUCAAUUCGGUUUGCUUCACGUUCACCUUCAUCUUCAACAAACUGACGAAGCCAUGGGUGGCGACAGAGCUGGAGUAG